CAGCAGCGCUGCUGUAAGAAUGAAGCGCGAGCAGCAGUUCUGAAGGACAGCAGUGACCGUUCGCGUCUGUCAUUGACAGCAGGCGCUGCGGUUUGCUUGGCGAAACCAAAUCACGUCGAAGAACACCGCGACAUCCGCAGAUGAAAUGCACCUGCCUUCAGCGACCCAUUUUCUCCUUCUAAACCUCAAGGUCCUUCGCCGGUAAUGUAACAGGAAGAACGGGCACUGACUGAUGUGUCACAUUGGAUCUAUCUAUUGAGUGAACGCGCUUUCACAUUUAUCAGCUUGGACAAUAUUGUCGCAUAAUGAUGAGCUUUUUUGAUGUCUGCGAAGCUAUUUGAAUAUAUUGAUCAGUGAGCCUGGUUUCCAUCGGUGCCAAUAAUAUUUCCUGUCAACAUACCACCAGUUCUUUUCAGUCUGUCUUGAACAAGGAAAUUGGAUAAGGAUGGAACCAGAGCAACAUAUUCAAAGCCAGUGCAAGACUAAUGAUCUGGCAUCAUCUGGACAACCAAAAGGACCAGCAGAUACAUCCCCAUCCUCCACAUCUUCUCCUGCCCCUUCUACACCACCAGCGGCUCCAGCCAGGCCACGCCGGCCUCAGAGGAGCCCGCGGGUGGAAGGAUCUAUCGACGUAUCGGAGCCCAAACCUCCAGAAUCUCCUAAACCGCAGCAGCUGAGCAACCAGGCUGAACCAACCAGCCCCAACAGCUCCAAUCACCCCUCAGAACCUCAGCCUAAACUCAAUGUUGAUCACGGACCUCCAAGUUUGGCUGGACAGAAGCUUUCAGGACAUACUGCAGUGUCUCGGAGCCACCUUGCAAUGAGGGCCGCCUCGCUUCCUCAGGCCCCGUCAUACAGACCACCACCUACCGAUCCCGUCUUUCACCCACAGAGAGCCCUGUCUGUCGCUGGGACCGCCGACACUCAGCCGCAGGUGGUGGAGGAUUUCAGGGUGCACAUUAUCACGUGGAACGUGGGCUCAGCCAUGCCUCCUGACGACAUCACUUCAUUACUGGGGCUGAAUGUUGGUGAUGGAAACACAGACAUGUAUAUUAUAGGUUUACAGGAAGUGAACUCAAUGAUCAACAAACGACUGAAAGAUGUUCUUUUCACUGACCAGUGGAGCGAGGUCUGCAUGGACGCUCUCAGCCCCUUUGGAUAUGUACUGGUCACUUCUCAGAGGAUGCAGGGAAUGCUGCUGCUGGUCUUUGCCAAGUACUUUCACCUGCCGUUCCUGAGAGGCAUUCAAACACAGACCACUCGCACCGGCCUCGGCGGGAUCUGGGGGAAUAAAGGAGGUGUCAGCGCUCGCAUGAACGUGUUUGGUCAUUCGGUCUGUUUCUUGAACUGUCAUCUGCCUGCACACAUGGAGAACUCAGACCAGCGCAUGGAGGACUUUGAAAGCAUCCUGCAGCAGCAGCAGUUUGAAGGACAAGCAGCUACAGGCGUCAUGGAUCAUGAUGUGGUUUUCUGGUUUGGAGACCUGAAUUUUCGAAUCGAGGACCUGGAUAUGCAAGUUGUGAAAUCAGCCAUUGACAAUAACAAACUGUCCACAUUAUGGGAAAAAGACCAGCUGAACAUGGCUAAAGGCAGUGAGACUGUGCUUGAAGGCUUCCACGAGGGGCCGCUUAAAUUCCCUCCUACAUAUAAGUUUGAUGUGGGUACAGACACGUAUGAUACAAGUGGUAAAAAGCGUAAGCCAGCAUGGACUGAUCGUAUUCUUUGGAGGUUGAGGCCGAUGGCUCAGGUCAGCAACAGCAUGUCGAAGCGCAGCCCCUUGUCAGGUCUAACCAGCGGAACUUGUGUGUCGCAGCAUUUUUACCGCAGUCACAUGGAGUACACCAUCAGUGACCACAAGCCCGUCUCCUCUAUUUUCACUCUGCAGUUCCCAUAUAGGGUGGACAUGCCUUUAGUAACACUCUUUGUAGAGGAUGAAUGGACAGAGAUAUCCGAUGCAGUGGCCAAAUACAAGGUGGCACCCAACUUUGCUCGAAGCUCUUGGGACUGGAUUGGACUUUACAAGGUUGGGUUUAAACAUCAUAAAGACUAUGUGGGUUAUGUUUGGGCCAAGCAGGAAGAGUCUGAUUUCUUGAGACAGGAGCACCAAGUGAUUUUUACUGAGGAAGAAUUGCCAAAGGAUUCUGGGGACUUCAUACUGGGUUAUUAUAGCAACAAUAUGAGCUCCAUUGUGGGCGUCACCGAGCCAUUCCAGAUUCAACUGCCAGCAUCCGCCGCAGCUGGUCUGAGUCCGUCUGACAGCUCUGACUUCACAUCUGAUGAUGAGGUGAAGAAGAGCGACUCCUGUGACUCCAGCCCUGAGACUGAAGAGAAGCAGAGCAGCAGCUGGAGCUCCAGACGAGCCAAAGGGAAGACGGCAAACCCCAAUGAACCGCACUCCAAAGACACCUCUGCACAUUCCAGCUCCAGCAGGCCGGCCGGUGGGACCGCCGGGUCCUUCGGUGACCCCGUCGCUACGGAUGACAGCUCUAACUCAGGAAAAGAUGCAACCAAGCCAGAGGAACCUUAGCUAAGCACAGCACCUUCUCUGGAGAAAGAUAUCAGCUCGAGGCUGGGAUCGCAGGUUUCAGCUGGGUCUGUGAUGUCGUUGUACAUUUACUGUCCUGUGAUGUUGUUUAGAGAUGUUGUCUUAUAUGUUGCAGGGCAGAAGUAAGCGUUUAGUAUGUGGCUCCCUCCAGCAAACACAAGAGGGCAGACUAAAUUGUUUUGUGUAGUUAUUCUAUUCAUAUUCUUCUUCUCCUAUUCCUUUCUAACUGCACAAGACUAAAUCUGAAACUCUCAGAAAUAAUCUUCGAUAUACAUGCACAAUGAUAUGUGAUUCGUGGAUUUGGUUUUCCAGGAUCAACCAGGGUUUAAUGCACAACAGAACACAAUUCUGGUUCUUACUGGAUUUACUGGAGCAGAUCCUCUUAAGUUUUUCCAGUGCUCUGUUCCAAACUCUAGUUGAGCUGCCUAUCUAGGCAUCAUUAGCUAUGUUUCCACCCAAAGUUGUGAAUUUAAUUUAUGCACAAAAUUGAAAUAGCGCACAAAACUUUUAUGAAUAAAGCACCGUUUUUAUCCAGCAAGACGAAGAGAACAAAAUCGUAACUUCCUGAAAACUGGUGCCACAUAUCUCUAAGAAAAGGUAAUUUGCUGCAGUAGGAGAAGCCACUGUGGGUCUUUUUCGUAAAAUAAAUUACGCAGACAAAAGGCAAUAAACACAGUCAUGUCAUCCUGCAUUCGGAGGCGGAUGCCUGCUGUUUGGAAAUGCAACUGUGAAAGGCAGUUCUGUAAGGUUGUCAUACCGAACCACUUUGGCGACAGACUUUGGCUCAAGCUUUUAAAAAUGACUAAAACAACAUUUCAGAUGUUGUGCAACAAGAUCGGUCCACUAGUUAGUCCAGUUAUGCCGUCUCAUUGCGCAAAGUCACAUGACUUUUUAGAUGCACAUCAAGGAAUUUAUUCAUAGUUUAUGCGCAUGUUUUCUUAUCAGAUAAAAAAUGUAUCUGCCUCAAUUGAUUGCAUACAUUUUUUGAAUUUGGCGCAUCUUGCCAUUUCCAUCAUGUGUUUUUUAUGCAAUACCCCAAAAUGUGCAUACAAAUAGGUGGAUGGAAACAUAGCUACUGACACGCACCAGACUCCCAG